UUCAAACAGCUAUUCAGUCAGUCUUUACUAGGUAAAUAUAUCGUGGUGAGACAGGGGGCACAAAACUGCUAAAAUAUGUUCCUGACAAAAACUCUUCAACUGUACAAAAGAUAUCGUCGAGUCCCAGGUCUUCUAUUUGCAGGAAAGAACCGAGCAUAUCCCUAUAUCAGUGUAAGUUUAAAGCGCCAGGCCUUGAGAUGGCUUCUUCUUGAGCAAGACAAUGUCGAACUACUUGCAAAGCCGUACCUUACUCGGGAAGAGAGUGAAGGUCAUACGAAAGCAUUUAAACAGCUUACAAAUUCGCCAUCAUUCAUCCAGAUCAAAUCAGAGGAAAGCGCUGCCAAAAUGUUACCUCACAAAUUCACAUCUGAUCUUCUGAAUCACAUAGAGAGAGGAAAUAAAUGGGAGUAACCAAAAGUCAAGAAUGUUUAGAAUGGUAUUGCUUUAAGUGACUGACUUUGCUGUUUCAUUGUAUACUCUGAGUGCUCCUGAAUGGUAGUAUGAAAGGCAUUCAUGAUGAAUAGAGAAAUGAAACAAAGUGGGUAUUUGAGUGGUGAUCAUGAUUUUGUAUGUGUGAAAACUCAUGGUUACUUGGUUUAGUAUACAAAACAAAAGGGUGUAGAGUAACAAAAUUAGUAAAAAUACUGAAAUAGCAGUUAGUAUUCCUUUUGACAAUACUAUCGGUAUAAUUAAAUAAAGAUAAUGUGUAGAAACUAAAGAGUGUAUUAUUAGUAUUGUUAAGUGGUGAUGCUCAUUUUUGAUCUGGUUUACACCCUCAUUUUAUAGAUGUGUAGAGGGCCGGUAGUCCGGCGUUGUUGUUGUUAGUUUUGGAGGAGCCGUCGGCAGAUCAGAGAGAGCGUAGACAUUUGACAGUAGGGGAGAAAACUGAGAAGAGAAGGUGCAAGACAAGCGACGCAGCCGUGACUUUUGUUCUAGCCUGCAUUAAAGAGUUGUGCAACUUC